GGCAAGCCUUGGUAUGAGCUCAUCAAGGGGCUGCAGCUUUACCCCACACUUUGACAACCCCAACCAUUCAUUCAAAGGCUAAAUAUCAGGAGACUCCCAAUACCUGGGCCUUGAGCAAAACAACUUCACGUUAGUCAAGAUGUCUGCUCCUAUGAUUGCAUGGGUGCCUCUGGUCAACCGAGUACACAAAUAUCUCACAGCCACUAGCGAUUCUGGACGUUCAAUUGACCUUGAGAAAGUCCCAAUCCACGAUGUAGAGACCGCGGCAGAAAAGAGACCUCGGACUCUGAAGCACUUAAUAAAGGCAAAUCACAUCAACUACUCUAUAUUAUACCACAAUUUCCAAUACCACAAUCAUCUCCCGCACCUCCUAGGAUCCGCAUACAUACUAGGCGCAAAUCACGAUCAACUACAAAAGAUUUACGAUGAGGAAUCGAAAGAGCUUGAGGAAUGGAAAGACUCACCGACGGAAAUCACAGAGCUUGAUUGGCAGGACUAUUUAGGCCAAAAGAACUACCAGAGAGCUUAUGUGGAUUUUUUUGAGGAUGAAUUGGCAUUGAAACAUGACUACGAUUGGAAGAAGGUGGCGGAAGAGUACCUUUUUCAAGGAAAGACGCCCUUGAUCAAUGGACUUAUUGCAGGACGUAAGUCACCAUGAAGUUUCGGAAGCUGAAUGCUAACAAAAACAUAGUCGGACACCCACUAAUACAUCUCGGCUAUGCAUACGAACUCUCGAGUAAGGAAUUGGGCAUGGAAGCUCUUGCCAUGUCAUGCACAACCCAUGACUACCUUCACAAAUAUCUCGAUGAUCCAUCAUAUACAAAAGAAUCGACCUACUACACCACUUCACCUCUCGAAAUCCUACACAAGAUUGCGGACGACAAGAGACUGGACGGAGUUUUCAAGGAAAAAAAGUACCAUAAUAUAUACGCUUUAUUCCAUGAGCAAGAAUCUAUCGUUAUGGAGCACUGGAACGCUUGGAAGAUCUCGGACCCCAAGAAGCAAUUUCAAGAAUCACAAGAAGCCGCAGUAGCUCUGUUGACAAGAACGGUAAAGCCGGGAACGCAUGCUUAUGAUUUCUUUCUGGUACACACUCUCACCACCAGCCACGCUGUACGAAUUCUCCUUCCAAUGAUACCAAAGCGAUUCCACAUUAGCCUUGUGAGACAAUGGUGGUUGUUGACGAUUGCCGUAUAUAUCGCCCAACUGAGACCAGAGAUCAAUGACGAUAUUCAGCCUAAACCCGAGAAGCAAUGGAACUACGUGGAUCAUAUGGCAUUAAAUUCUCCAUAUGCUACAGAUGCCCAUUUUGUUAAAGGUAUAAUUCCAAUGUCUAUUUCCAGAAACUCGCAAUACUGAUUCGGAUCCUAGCACUUCGCGCCAUGAAAGAAGCAGCUUUCACUUGGGGCGAUGUACACGAGAGAUAUCUUUCAGCAGCCGUUCAUUUCGCAGAUGGGUUUAAGGGCUGGACGGGAUUCGGCUGGAUGGAAGCUGAAGGAGAGGUCAAUUAGGAAGCAGUAUGCAUAUGAGGAUAUGAGGACAUGAGAUAUGAAAAUUGUAAAAUUACAUUUGGGACAUUGUCUUUAACUUUGGCGUUUUCCUUUAGCAAGCGGGUCGCUUUCAAUGGUAACUAAUCACAAAUAAUCAAUAGCUAGGUAGCUAAGAAUUGCAAGAUUUCUCCCC